AUGAAGCGCAAGCUCGAUCAGAACGACCGGCCGGCGACUGUACCAGAAUCCGACGAACCGAGUAAAGCGCCUGUGUCCGAGGAGAACAUCUCGUUCGCAGACUUUGGCCUCGAUCCCCGACUACUCCAGGCGGUCGCGAAGCAGAACUACGAGAAGCCCACGCUUGUCCAGCGCAAGGCGAUUCCCCUGGGUCUAGCUGGUCAAGAUGUCCUUUGCAAAGCCAAGACGGGCUCGGGGAAGACAGCAGCAUACAUCCUGCCGCUGCUCGCUUCGAUCCUGAGGAAGCAGAGUUCAUCAGCACCAUCAACCUCAGCGCUCGUGCUCGUGCCCACCCGCGAGCUGGCAGACCAAGUCUUCAAAUCCAUAGAGCAAUUCUCCGCAUUCUGCGCCAAAGAUCUGCAGACUGUCAAGCUCACAGAUAAGUUGUCGGAUGCUGUGCAAAGGAGCUUGCUGUCCAACUCGCCCGACAUUGUCAUAUCGACACCUGCCAGAGCAUGGAACAAUGUCAAUUCGUCGGCCCUCUCGCUGGAGAACCUGAAAUUCCUUGUCCUUGACGAGGCAGACUUGAUUCUGUCUUAUGGCUACACAGAGGACAUGGACAACCUAUCGCGGUCGAUACCCAAGGGCGUGCAGACUGUUAUGAUGAGCGCAACUUUAUCUUCGGAGGUCGAUGCGUUGAAGAGCAUCUUCUACCGUGAGCCAACACUGCUGGAUCUGGAGGAACCUGAGGCCGACGGCGAGGGCAUCACCCACUAUGUUACUAAAUGUGGAGAGGAUGAGAAGUUCUUGAUGGCCUAUGUCAUCUUCAAGCUCCAGCUCAUCAAGGGGAAAUGCAUCAUCUUCGUCGCAGACAUUGAUCGAUCAUAUCGUCUGAAGCUCUUCUUCGAGCAAUUUGGUAUUCGCAGCUGUAUUCUCAACUCGGAGCUCCCUGUCAAUUCCAGGAUCCACGUCGUCGAAGAGUUCAACCGCAAUGUCUACGACAUCAUCAUCGCUUCUGAUGAGAAGAGCGAAAUGCUCAACGUCGAUGGCGAGGACGACGACGAGGACGGUGAAGGAGGCAAGGUGGACGCAGAUGCCGAGAAGGGUGCGGACGGCAAACGACCAUCGAAGAAAAGGAAGACUGCCAAGCGAGACUCUGAGUAUGGUGUUUCACGAGGCAUCGACUUCAAAAACGUCGCCACCGUCAUCAACUUUGAUCUCCCCACGACUGCUUCGUCCUAUACUCACCGCAUAGGCCGCACAGCUCGUGCCGGCAAGAAUGGCAUGGCACUCUCUUUCGUCGUCCCCGAGAGCCUCUACCGCAAGCACAUGCCGACCACAGUCAAGACUGCGGAGAAUGACGAGCGAGUACUCGCCAAAAUCACCCGCCAGCAAAAGAAGAAGGGAAAAGAGGUCAAAGACUACAACUUCAACAAGGAGCAGGUGGAGGCUUUCCGAUACCGUAUGAACGACGCAUUACGUGCUGUCACCAAGGUCGCUGUCCGUGAGGCGCGGACGCGUGAGCUGAGGCAGGAGCUACUCAAGAGCGAGAAGCUCAAGAGAUAUUUCGAGGAGAACCCAAACGAGCUGAGUCACGUUCGCCACGACGGUGAAUUACGCACAGCGAGAUCACAGCCGCAUCUCAAGCACGUGCCCGAGUAUCUCCUCCCCAAGGAAGGCAAAAAAGGGUUAACCUCGGAGGAGAUUGGUUUCGUGCCGAUGAGAAAGAAGGGAGACAGGAGGCAGAAGAAGGGCAAGAGAAGUUUCAGAGCCGGAUCACGGAAAGGGGAUCCCUUGAAGACGUUCAAGGCGAGGAGAAAGACGAAAUGA